GUUGGUCGUGUGCACAGACUGCUUCGAAAGGGGAACUACGCUGAGCGUGUGGGAGCCGGUGCUCCUGUCUAUUUGGCUGCAGUGCUCGAGUACCUCACCGCUGAGAUCCUGGAGUUGGCCGGUAACGCUGCCAGGGAUAAUAAGAAGACCCGUAUCAUUCCCCGGCACCUGCAGCUCGCUGUGAGGAACGACGAGGAGCUCAACAAGCUACUCGGUGGUGUCACUAUUGCUCAGGGCGGUGUUCUGCCCAACAUCCAGGCUGUGCUCCUGCCCAAGAAAACGGAGAGCAGCAAACCGGCCAAGGCCAAGUGAGCACAGAACCCGAACUGUAAUCUCUAUCACAACCCAAAGGCUCUUUUCAGAGCCACCAACCCUUCAUAAAGCAGCUGCACUUAUCUAUUUUAUACCAUUUACUUUUCAAAGUAAAAAUAAAUAUUUUCUUUUGCAUUUGUGUAAACCCCACAGUUUAAAACAUAUCAUGGUUUAUAUAACAAUAUGUAAACAUUUAAAUUUUGACUUGCACUAUAACGUCUCAUCAUUUGGACACCACAAAUAUAUAUAAAAAAAACAACAACAUAUAAAUCGAUAUUAACAUUGGUGUAAAAAGCUUUUAUUGCAGAGCUUUGAUCGUACUAUUUGUCACUAAUAAAUGUGAGUAGAAUUGUAU